CAUGUGCAUGCAUGUGCACUGUCUCCUCGACGUUUAGCGCGCUCUCCUCCCAACCAAUGAAAACCAUAUAUAGCCUCCUCACAUUGCACACACUACUGCAUCCUGUGAUGAUCAUGCUAACAACCUUUUUCCUUCUCUCCCUACUCACACCAAAUAUCUCCUCCAGUAGCUAGGAACAUAUCGAUCGUUGCUAGCUUGUGUGUGAUUAACCAGCCAAUUAGCGUUGGAAUUGCAUGUUGCUAGCUACUACAUUUGCAUGUCAAGUUCAUAAGGAUCUUCCGUCAGAAUCCUGUGUUUUAUCGGCGGCCAUUAUAUUUCAUCAUCGACGACAACAGGUGUCUCUUGCAUGCUCAUGUACGCUUCACCUAGUCUAAGCAUGCUGCAAGGGUCCAAGCAAUUCAAGCAUGCGAUCCUCAAGAACCUGCUUCUAGGGCUCAGGAAGGGUGGUGUUGCGUCCAGGGACAUGAGCUUCCACGAGAGGAAGAACGCCAUCAGGCACGCCGCCGACGCCGCCCUCGCCACCGCCAGGGGCGUCGCGCCGUGCUGGAGUCGGUCCCUGACGGCGGAGCUCUCGCACGGUCGGCACCUUCGUCAUGCCAAAAGUAGACCUUCAGAAUGCAAGUCGAGGAGCAAGAUGGUGUGCAAAAAUAAGAUCUUGAGGAGGAGCCUUCGGCCGCGGCCGAAGAGUAAAGCCACGGCUAAGGCGGCCCGCGUUGUUGUUGCGAGGACCAUGGUGAGGAGGAGGGCCAGGGCGCUGAGAGAGAUCGUGCCCGGAGGGAGAGGGAUGGACGAGUGCACGUUGCUCGGUGAAACCCUAGACUACGCCGUGUCUCUGAAAGCUCAAGUCGAUGCGAUGCAGCUUCUGUGCUACUGCUAGCUAGCUGAAGCAGCGGUGAGGGGGAAUUGCUGGAAGGUGAUCCAGAUCGUUCAUGGAUCAAGCUUGUAAGAUCUAGAGUUUUUCUCCCUUCCUUUGGUUUCCUACCACCACUCUUCUUCUUUCUUAAUUUCACUUGUGUGCUUCUUCGAUCUUUAGCACACUGAGAUUAUGAGGCAUGACGGAUCAUGUGUAUCUAUAGGUACAGAACUAGUGUACUAUAUGUGUAUGUAUAUACGCUUCCUUUUUGAACAAGCAGGCCGUACAUGAGCGCAUGCAUAGUUAUUAUUUGUGCGAGGAAAUCAACUUUAAUUUGUAGAUCGAGUUUGUACUAGUGAUUUAAUUAGAUGCUAUAUA